AUGCCCCGUAGCAUGCUCUCCAAAGGGGGCGGUAAGCUUCUGGACGAGAAAAUUUUUCGUGUCGUGCGCUGAGUGUGGCACCUGGGGGAGCAGUCCUCGGGCUGGGCUGGGCUGGGCUGAGCUGCUGGUACUGCUUCUGGGGCUCUCGGAGCGUGCUGACAGGUGGCCGCUGAAAGUGUCGCUGGGUGAUUGCGCGCCAUGCCCAAGCCCCUGCCCAAAACGUACAUAUUGGGGGCACCACCCACCACCCAUCCACCAGCCCCCGAAUAUUUUUCCCUCCUGAACUCUUCCCUCCCCGCCCACUGUUCGCAUCCGCUACAAACUCUCCUUCUUCACUGAAUCCACCAUCACCACAGUGGUUCGCUAUCAUCCACAAAACUCCAAAAGUUGCUCUUCACCAAAACACCACACAUUUCUCGCAAUGGCUCGCCCUCCUAAGAAGUCUGUCGACUCCAAGGUUCCCGUUCCUGCUCCCACUAUGAUUGCUCCUCCCGUCAUGGCUGGUAUGCCUCCCGUCGCCCGCGUUGUUGACCACGAGGGUCUCGCGCGCCUUCGCGAUUCUACUCUCAGCCGUCUCUCGACUGUUCUUCAGUUGCUUAACUCUCUCACCAACGACUAUGCUCACCAGACCAGCCUUCUUCUUGGCGAGCAGGUCGGUGAGGCCCCUACCAACCUCUUUGAGAAUGCCAUCCUCCCCGGCGAUGCCGCUGGUGGUGACGAGAAGAAGGAGCGCAAGAAGCGCACCCACGACCCCAACGCUCCCAAGCGUCCCCUCACCCCCUACUUCCUCUACAUGCAGCAUGCCCGCAGCAUCAUUGCCAAUGACCUCGGUCAGGAAGCCCCCAAGGGUGCCGUCCAGGAGGAGGGCCAGCGCCGCUGGGCCAACAUGGGCCCCAGCGAGAAGCAGGGCUGGAACAACGCUUAUCAGUACAACCUCCGCCUCUACAACGCUCGUGUCCACUCUUACAAGGCUGGCAACGCUGCUGCCAAGGGUAUGUCCGAUGAGGAGGCCCUCAAGUACGCUGAGGAGUUCAGCAUCCCCAUGCCUGACCUGAAGGACUCUUCCGCCGGUGGCUCUGUCCAGGAUGCCAUUGCCCAGCAGCUCCAGCAGGGCGAUGACUCCUCCAAGACCCCCAAGAAGGCUGCCGCCCCCCGCAAGCGCAAGAGCGAGGCUCCUGCUGCUGAUGCCGACACCUCCAAGGCCGCCAGCCCUGACAAGAAGCGCAGACGCUCCACCAAGGGCGAUGACAAGGAGGAGCCUAAGAAGGCCGCUCCCCGCAAGAAGGCUGCUAAGAACGCUUAAGCGUUGAGUCGGUUUACCUCUCUCAGCUCUUUUUUGUUCCCUUUGUCGCCUGCUUUUUGUCACUAUAUACCAGGGUGCCAAAAAGGCUCUGAUGCCAAGCUUUCAGCCCUGUUGUCUCCUUUAGAGCGAUUUGCCUUGUCUACUUGGUGCAUCUCCUCUUUGCUUGACCAUGCGCUCAUACCACCAUCGUUUGAACUUUGUAUGACUAUUGGUUGUUGGGAAGACGGUGGGAAAAGUUGAGGCUCGUUGCCCUUUUGUGAUCGCACCCGAAUAGCGAAAAUCCGUUUUUCUUGGAGUGAUCUGGUUUUGUUUUAUUCCUUAUUUUAUGUUAUCCUGCGUUGGUUCCUUUGGGCAUGAGGGGAACGAUUGGGUUUUUUGGGUCACGGCUGUGAAAUGUUCCGUCAUGAUGGUUGUAUUUAAGCAAAGUGUUUUGGCUCUGGACGGAAGCCCGCUUUGCAAAGUAAUGAAAGCAAUGAGUUUAUCCUUUUGAACCUUGAAUCCUAUUUUCGUUUUGUGAUGAUAAUGACUUGAAUGUGGUAUAUUGAUAAUGCUAAUAUCGUAUGCUAAUGUAAAAUGUAAGACUACGCUCUUACUGCUUUGCUAACUAACUCAUUCGGCCACCAUGAUAUGUUCAUCUCCAGUAACUAGUACACGAACCAAGGCUGCGACAACGGUAGCGACUCUGCUGGUGCUGCAGCACAUACUUUGCCGUCUGCUUCAACAACGUAGCUUUCUGGAUCGACACGCAUCUUGGGCAUCACGUCGUUGAAUCGCAUAUCACGCUUGCUCACUGAGCGGCAGCCACGGACUGCCUCAACGCGUUUCUUUAGGCCAUAGCUGGCAAUUGUGCCCGAUGCAAUUGAGUCGGCAGAAACAAAGAGUACACUUGUCUCGGGGACAUGUGCUGCGAACAUGGGGCGGCCUAUCACAGGUUGUACUGUUGGAAUCGAGCCGUUAGGAUCGCCCUAUCUACUGUGUUAGUGGGCCGCCAUACGCGUGCGUUGAUAACCUCUAUACAACUUACCAUCUGUGCCCAUGCAAUCAGACCGCUCUUGAGGACAAGGUACGGCUUGGUUCCAAACCAGGCUGGGUCCCAGACAACCAGGUCGGCAAGUUUGCCUACUUCGACGCUGCCGACGAGGUGGCUGAAGCCCUGGGCGAGCGCUGGGUUAAUGGUGUACUUGCUCACGUAUCGCUUCACGCGGAAGUUGUCGGCGUCAGUGCCCUCGUCCUCCUUGAGCCGCCCGCGUUGAAUCUUAUUCUUGUGCGCUGUGUUCCACGUUCGGAGGAUGACUUCACCACAGCGGCCCAUGGCCUGGGAGUCGGAGCUCAUCAUGCUAAUAGCACCCAAGUCGUGUAGAACGUCCUCGGCUGCAAUUGUUUCGGCUCUGAUACGACUCUCUGCAAACGCAACAUCCUCUGGGAUAUUCUUGGACAGGUGAUGGCAGACCAUGAGCAUAUCUAGAUGCUCGUCCAAGGUAUUGAGUGUAAAUGGUCGUGUUGGGUUGGUCGAUGACGGGAGCACGUUUGGAUGCUCAACCACGGAGAUAAUAUCCGGGGCGUGGCCGCCGCCAGCACCUUCAGUGUGGUAAGUAUGAAUGGUGCGACCUUUGAAUGCACCAAUUGUUGAUUCUACAAAGCCAGAUUCAUUCAGGGUAUCGGUGUGGAUGAGGCAUUGUACAUCCAUCUCGUCACAUACGGUCAAACAGGAGUCAAUUGCCGCCGGGGUCGAACCCCAGUCUUCGUGAAGCUUCAGUCCACACGCGCCAGCUGUAACCUGCUCCCGCAAGGCAACAGGUGAGCUAUCGUUUCCUUUGCAAGUAACACCAACAUUGACCGGCAGGUGGUCACAAGCUUGAAGGAUCUGUUUCAUAUAAUGCUUACCGGGCGUGCAAGUAGUCGCGUUUGACCCGGCGCUGUCUCACGUUAGCCGGAUAGUUUAUAGCAAACGGGAAUUGAUAUACUGACCUAGGCCCAGUUCCUCCACCAAGCAUGGUGGUGACACCAGACGCGAGACUCUCUUGCGCUUGCUGAGGGCAUAUAAGAUGGAUAUGUGUGUCGAGACCACCUGCUGUAAUAAUUUUGCCUUCGCCUGCUACCACGUCUGUGCAGCUGCCGACAAUCAUGUUUGGUGUUACGCCAUCCAUGACAUCUGGGUUACCAGCUUUGCCUAUGGCAACAAUCAUACCAUGUUUUAUGCCAAUAUCUGCUUUGAAGAUUCCUGUCCAGUCGAUGACAAGGGCGUUUGUGAUGACCAUGUCUAGGCUGUCUGCAUCUGGGCGUCCACUUGCCUGGCCCAUUCCUUCGCGUAGCGUUUUGCCACCACCGAACUUGCAUUCGUCUCCGUAUACUGUGUAAUCCUUUUCCACUUUUACCCAGAGGUCUGUAUUGCUGAGUCGAACCAGAUCACCAGUUGUAGGACCAAACAUGGUAAUGUAUGCAGCUCUCUCCAUAGUGAAGGGGCGCAGAGCCUUGGUAUCAACGGUUGGGUCGGGAGUAUGCGCAAAGCCAGCUUGUUGUAAAUUCUUGACAAUGCUUUCUACUCGCCACAUUUCAACACCACCAGAUGCGAGCGAAUUGCCACCACGAAUAACCUUGUGACCGCCAAUCUCGACCAUGUUUACGGUUUUGGUAUCACCAGGCUCGAAUCGUACGGAUGUACCGGCAGGAAUAUCAAGGCGGAAGCCAUAGGCUUUGGCUCGGUCAAAAUCAAGCUGUGGGUUGGUUUCGAUAAAGUGGUAGUGGGAGCCUAUUUGGAUAGGCCGAUCUCCUUUGCUAGUCACGCGAAGACGAAUCCUUUUGCGGUUUUCGUUUAAAGUGACAUUGCCCUUUACCGGAAUCACUGCACCUGGUUUACUUAUAGGGAGAUAGGCAUCCGCGUCUGGAAGUGGAAAAACGUCGUUGUCGGGCACGGGUAGGAAGCUGCCAUAUAGUGCGCGUCUUAGAUCGCCAUCGUCGGUGCUAAUUGGGUUGUGGACAGUAACAAGAUAAGUACCAGUCGUAAAUGUGCCUUCAACUUGGAUUUCCUGUAAGGUGUGACAGACAGAGGGCAACACAUGGCGGCGACCGAGCAUGGUCGAGCCAAGGUCCAUCAGGUCGGCAACAGUAUGUCGU